ACUCGCACCCCGGCCUGCGACAAAACGACACAGAAGAGCUAACGGCCGUACCCGACCUUUUGAACGCUCGCUCUUUCUCCACUGUCGGUGUGCAAGCGGUUGGUAUUGAAGGUUCUUUGGCUGUUCUUUACACUCUCACUUCUCUCAGCUCUUUCAACGAUGAAGGGUAACGCGUACUUCUGCGCUGCAUUCGCAGUUCUUCUCCUAGCAGGCCAUGCUCUGGCUAUUCGCCACCACGAGCGGCCACACCGUCUAUCGCAAGGCGUGAGCCUGAGCACGGUGCAGUCUCCCACGUUCGACCUGUGCCCAACAUGCGUCAGCUUCACCGGCCAAGCCCUCGACAUUCUGCUCAACAUCAUUCUCAACAGCGGUGUGGUCGGCUCUUGCGGCACUCUCUGCGGCGAGCUGGCAAACAAGACGGGCAACAAGGACCUCGGCGUCGUGUGCGAUCUGCUCUGCGACUACGUCGGCAUCAAGGAGUUCAUCAAGUUCAUCCAGAAUGCCGACCUUGACCCAAUCUACUUCUGCGAGCUGCUGAAGGUGUGCAAGAUUGUGGACAACGGUGAUGCGAAAUUCACCAGUCUCGAAGUGCACCCCGCAACUGGACGGAGAGGAAGAACAUUUGCCAUCGCCUUCGACUGGACGACCACGAACGGCACAGGAACUGGAGAAAUAGUCAUUGAGGUCAUCACCCUUGAUCAUCUUCCAGUUGGUACUGGCAAUUUGAUCGAGCCCCAGCAGCCCGGCUCCUACUCCGGAACCGCCUCUCUGUCCACGGAUAACAGUGGCUGUGAUCCCAGCCAGGGACCAUGCGAGCAAUGGCUGCCCGGUCAAUACACAGUCAAAGUCGCUAUCUGCAAUGGUGAGUGUGGUAGCACCCAUCCCCACAGUCAGAUCUACGACAUGGCAGAGGCUACAUUCAACAUCACCGCCGAUGCCAGCCGAUUGUAAUAACGGCGGCAUGAAUUGCUGCUGCCGCGCGAAAGCAAUACUCCUAGCUGUUUGAGUUUUACGCACUGCGGGUAUUCUUGGCUUUCAGAAAUCUAUAGUCCUGCCAUCUUUCAAUAUCUUGUAGUACAUUCAUCUUCGUGAAACCUGGCAGAUCCAUUGCUUCCGCAUUACACCGUGAUUGCUUGCGAGAGGAUGUGAAGACAGAUAUCUCAAUUGAUCUCCAAUACUUUCUCACUGUUGUUUGUUUCCGCGUGUCAAAACUCUCUGCCUGUUGUGUAAAUUGUGGUGUUUGGCAUACUGUUGCCGGAUUCGGCUACCAGCAGUCAACUGGUGUGCAUGCUUUCUUUGUUUAUCAUAAUACUGUAGUUGUUUGUCAAAAAAUCAGUGUCUGAAAUUGCUCAUUAUUUACUAUCACAAAGGCAACAACCUGAUCCGCAACUUA